AUGAAUUGGGAAGUUACACAAAUGGAUGUAAAAAAUGCUUUUCUCCAUGGAGAUCUCACUGAGGUUGUAUAUAUGAAGCAACCAGCUGGCUUUGUAGACAAAUCAAGACCUGAUCAUGUUUGUUUACUUCAUAAGGCCAUCUAUGGUUUAAAGCAAGCUCCUCGAGCGUGGUUUGACAAAUUUAGCUCGUAUUUGUUGGAGUUUGGUUUCAUCUGCAGCAUUAAGGAUCCGUCUCUUUUUGUCUAUUCUCGGAAUAAAGAUGUUAUCAUGUUAUUACUUUAUGUCGAUGACAUGAUAAUAACUGGAAACAAUUCUGAGGCUAUGGCAAAAUUCAAACAGAAUCUAAGUGGACAGUUUCGGAUGAAAUAUUUGGGUCAAAUGGCGUACUUUCUUGGUAUUCAGCCUCAUAAAGCUGCGGGACAAGGAGAAUUGUUUGAGAAUCCAAAAUAUUUUAGAAGCUUGGCAGGGAAGUUUCAGUAUCUAACGCUUACAAGACCUGAUAUUCAAUUUGCUGUGAACUUCAUCUGUCAGAAAAUGCAUCAACCAUCAGUCUCGGAUUUUAACUUGUUGAAGAGGGUUCUCAGAUACAUCAAGGGCACAAUAACUAUGGGAAUCAACUUCGCGAGAAACACUGAUUUUGUGUUACGUGCUUACAGUGAUAGCAAUUAUGCUGGUUGUCCUUACACAUGA